UUGCCAAGAAUGUAACCUUGGAACGGAGUAACGGAGUAGCGACAAAUUACGUUUUUCGAGAGUUUUGUUGGUCAAAACAAUAAUUAUAUAUCAACAUCAAGCCUCAUAAUCACGUUUCAAUAUCAUAUUGAAACGCAGUCGCUGAUAUGUCGCGUCAUGAAGGGGUCAGCUGUGAUUCGUGUUUGAAAGGAAACUUUCGAGGGAAACGUUACAAGUGCCUGGUUUGUUAUGACUAUGAUCUCUGCGCAAACUGUUAUGAGGCGGGGGCUACCACCACACGGCACACUGCUGACCACUCCAUGCAAUGCAUUCUGACAAGAAACGACUUUGAUUUAUUUUAUGGAGGAGAGGCUCUGACGGCAGAACAAACACAGGCUUUCACUUGCCCGUACUGUGGUAAAAUGGGAUACACCGAAGCAACACUGCAGGAGCAUGUUACCUCUGAUCACUCCGACACUUCCACUGAAGUUGUGUGUCCAAUAUGUGCUGCUCUGCCUGGAGGAGAUCCAAACUAUGUCACUGAUGACUUUGCAGAACAUUUGACCUUACAACACAGAAUCCCAAGAGAAUUUGAUGAGCCUGUUGGUAUUCGACAUGUACGGAGAAUUCCUCAUCCUGGCCGUGGUGUGGGAGGAAACAGAUCUAGGAGAGCAAAUAUGCAUUUUUCUUCGGGGGGAACUUCAUUGACUGGGCUCUCUCCAGGAGGACGGGAAACUAUGGACCCAAUUGCAGAACUUUUGUCUCAGCUGUCAAGUGUUAGGAGUCGUGCGGCUGCGGCCCAGAGUGUGUCCUCACAGUUACAGCAACUAGAAAUGCAGUUACAGUCAACCAGACAACAACUUGAGCGUUUGCCGAACAGACGUACCGUGGAAUCAGGAAAAUCCAACAUUACAAAUUCUUCAACUACUGGCAUCAGUACAGACCCGCAGAGUCAAGGGGGCAGUACCAACCAAACUAAUAUCAACACAGACUCGCCAUACUUAUUAGCCAGAUGCCUCGACUCCUCGGUGACAGAGUCAGAACAGAGUAUAUUUGAGGAGCGGGAGGAUCGUGGUGCAUUUGUGCAGGAACUGUUAUUAUCCACAUUGACAGAACAGUUACACUUAGAACAGGACUUGGAUGAAUUAAUAGGUGGUGGUAGUUCAAAUGAUUCAGUCAGAUCAAGUAACAAAUUGCCAACGGCCGCAUCAAACGAAGGUGAUCAACAUAAUAUCACAGGUGGUGCGAGUCCUUCAAAUCAACAACAAAACACAAAUAGCCUGAGUAAGGAUCCAGGUACUGCUGCAAUUGCCAAGUGUGUGUUACCAGAGAGAGGCAGCCAGCUACUGCCAUCACAGAAACAGCAUGCAGGAGGUGGGAGCAUGGUGGUUACUCAUCCUCGACAAAAUCAGGGGCACGCGUUUCAGGGUGUUACUCUUCGACAAAAUCAUGGAUCCAUGUCCAGUGGGAGUCAAGUUUACAAUAAUUCACUUCCAGGCUCAAAUGCUGUUCAGGCUUUGGCAGGGGCUGGGAUAGGCGCAGGAAACCUACAUCCCCUUCCUGGGAGACCAGGAUCAGGGGGUAGAGACAGAGAUGGCCGUGUGAAUCCGGCCGCAGCAAAAAAGAAUAUGUAUAAACAAUUACCAACAUCUCAAGCUUCUGAUCGUGAACCUCCACCCCACUGAGGCUCUGGCUCUCUGAAAUGGGAGAGAAAUGAAAAUGAUACAGAUUGCUUCUUUAUUCAGAAUAUCUUCAUUUUAACAGUGUCUGAUGAAGUUGGAUAAUUAUAAUUACAUAGUUAUUGUUGAGGCUAUAUUUAUUGCUUACAAUAGCAACAAAAGUUGCUGCAUUAUGUACUAGUAAUUCUACUGGUUUUAUUUUCUUUCUUUUUUUUUCAAUAAACAAAACAAGAAAGAUGUUUUCAUUGAUGCUAAGGCAUUGUGUAGUUCCUAUAUUGUGUGAGAGAGGGAUUCAAAUCACAUGCCAAAUAUGUGCUGGUGUGUGCUUACCACUUCCAUGUCCGUGUUUAAAUGUAUUGUGAUAUGUUAUUCUUGGGUCACAACAUACUGUCAUAUAGGUGUGCACAUUGGUAUAUAAGAAUAUCCAAAUAUAGACAUCUAAAAUCAUUCUUCUGUCAUCCAUGUUACUUUUUAAUACCUUAAUUAAAGGAUUGCCACUUGUGUAAAGAAAUGAUAUUUAUAUUAAUAUUGAUUGAAGAGGUAGAACAGAAAACUUCUCUAUUGAAAAAAUCUUAAUAACCGACAGAAAAUCUGUUCAUAUCAGAACAUUGGCGAAUAACUACUAAUCGAGUGGAUAGGAAUAUAGAAGCUCCAAAUAAAGACUGUUCUUAUAUAAUACAUGAAAGAAAGUUGAGGACAGUGUUUGGAAUAAUGUUCUGUCAAUCAACAAGAACAGUGUAAGGAAUAGAACCCCUAUGAUUUAACCAAUGGUACAUUUUGGAAUAAGAGAUUGUGAAUAAGAUAUUAAGAACAGUGCUAGAAAUACAAAUACUUAAGUAGAUGUGAAGAAUUUUAGAGUUUACAGAAAAGCUUUAGAUAUUUUUUGAUGAUAAAAUUUAGCAAUACAAGAAUAAUGAAAGUAAAACUUUCCUGUUCCAUGCUGAGCACCUCUUGUUAGUUACAGAGAAAAAAGAAACAUCUUUGUAUGUGACAUUAUGUUAAGAGUCCUUCAGUGUGUGUUACCGGAGACUUGAUCUCUGCUUAGCCAUCAGUCCAGUUGUUUGUGAAUAUUAUCAAUGAUACAUUUUCUGUGAUAUUAGCCUAUGCUGUUUGUGUGUAAGUGAAACAUGUUGUGUGUCGAUACCAAAUCAGAUUUUAUCAGUGAUCUGUCACAAGCUAUGUGUAACCUCUUCAUAUUUAUGGAGAUUGAUAUGGCUGUCAUAGAGCUGAGAGACUCAUAUACUAUGAGUGUGAAUCGGUGUCAGUCUCUCCAGUGCUUCUACCAUCAACUCAGUAUUAAUGCUUGUAAAUGGAUAGCUUGAGAUUAAAACCAGAUUCAAAUUUAAUUUCAUUCGGAUUGGUUCUUUUUCUUCCUAUAAAAUAAUUGUUUUAGUUCACAUAUAUGUAUACAAAUGUAAAUAAACCUUAACUGAUUGAUAUAUUUUAAUACUAGUAAAAGCCUGUUUCAUAUUUUAAUUCUACUUACAAGAACACUGAUAAAAAUAGCAUAUGAGGAGGUGAGCUCUUGGUAUGUAAUCCGCAUAUUUCACAGCUAGUGAAUGAGGGACGCUUUAUUGACCAUUCAAGGUUCGAUGGUUAGAGAGAAAUGCACUGUACUGAUUUAGUGUGAGUGAUGGGUACGUUCAGUGAUAAGAAUGUACUUAAUUAUCAUGAGAUGUACAGAUGUUGAUUGAAGCAAGUGCUUGGCAGUUAUGAAGUAUAAUAUUCAUCGCUGACAAAUCUGUAAGCCCAGAGUACUACAUAACUACUAAAGAUAAAGGUUAUUUAGUGUGUCAUAGAAAAAAAGAGCACUUAUAAUGUUUAUCUGAAAAAAAUUCUUCUGAUUCAUGUUUAAAUUAAUGUAUAAAUCAAUAAAUGUUAAGAAAAA